AUGGCAACACGGGCUCAUGCUUCUUUCAACAAUCAUGUCCGGUCGUACCUCCCAACGCUCUCCUUCAUCAACCUCCACUAUCUGUACUUUGGCGCCACAUGUUUGCUCGCCAGUGUGAUAUUCUGGGGCUCGUCGACGCCGAGUCAGUCCGUUUCGUACAUUGAUAGCCUAUUUCUGUGUAUCUCGGCUAUGACGGAGGCGGGUCUCAACACAGUGAACUUAUCAGAACUCAACACAUGGCAACAGAUUAUUCUGUUCCUCUUGAUCAUCAUCGGUUCGGCAAUAUGGGUGUCCAUCGCUGUUUUGCAUGUCAGAAAGCGUGCUUUCGAAAAGAAGUUUGCUGAGCUGGCAGCCAGACGUCGGAAACGUCUUAUGCGCCCUCAUUCGUUCAGUUUCUCCUUCUCAAAGCGAAGAGCAAACACAGGGUUGGUGGACAAUUACAAUCACAGGUCACAGUCUGGAGAUUGCCUGGAAAUGUCGAAGCUCUCAACCAGGGUGGACGAAGGCACCAACCGGGACUACGACGGGCACAUCCGAUUCCCUGCCGACCUCGCCGCUGGAGACCAUCCUGACCACCCAUCUCGUUCCAUUCCACGUCACCGGUCGGGGUUUCUCGAAGGUCAUGGAGUCGGCGCGAAGGGGUUCGACAAUCAUCCUCGAAACGCGCGGCCCGCCAAUCAUGAUUUCACUGAGGGACUGAAGGUCGAGGACGACCCGGUUGACCGACCCCGAAACCCUCUGACCAAAUACCUGGAUACAGUCAAUGGCUAUCUAGGUCGCAACAGUCAAAUCUACCAUCUCAGCGACAAGGAAAGGAAGAAGCUCGGAGGCAUCGAGUAUGACGCGAUCUGCUUACUAUCUUGGGUGGUACCUCUCUACUUUGUCCUCUUCCAAGUCUUGGGCGCUCUAGGCGUAGGUGCCUGGAUCAAAGCCAAUCGGCCGGGUUUAGCAUUGAGGAACGGACUCGACCCGUUCUGGACCGGUGCUUUCUUUGCCGUUUCGGCGUUCAACAAUUCCGGCAUGGCACUAUUGGAUGCAAAUGCAACAGCCCUACAGACGAGCUACUACGUCCUGCUCACCUUGAGUCUGCUCAUCCUGGCUGGUAAUACAUGCUUCCCGCCUUUCCUCCGGCUGAUGCUAUGGACCAUGAAAAGGCUGAUCCCCAGGAGCUGGAAUUCCCAGGAAUGGCAAAUCCGUCGCCGCACCUUGGAUUUCUGUCUCGACCAUCCUCGAAGAGUUUACACCAAUCUGUUCCCAAGCGCUCAGACAUGGUGGCUGGUCUGCUCAGUCUUCAUGCUCAACGGCAUUGACUGGAUGGCCUUCGAAUUGCUCAACAUUGGCAAUCCCGUGACAGAGGCAAUAACUCCGCAUUUCCGCGUUCUAGAUGGACUGUUUCAAGCAUUUGCUGUCCGAAGUGGGGGAUUCUACGUCGUCAGCAUCUCUGGGCUACGAUCCGGCUUGUUGGUGCUAUACGUCUUGAUGAUGUAUAUCAGCGCCUUCCCUGUGACCAUGACGAUCCGCAACACAAACGUAUACGAAGAACGCUCGUUAGGUCUCUACGCGGAAGAUCUACCGUCGCCGCAACCAGGCGAUAACGCCGCGUUUCAAGACACCAAAACCAAAACAGAGCAACCGCGAAACAAGCUUCUAUACGGCCUGAAAAAGACCAUGACAAUGACUCACAGUCAGGCACCAUCCAGGAUUUCGCCGUCUCCAUGGACUCGGCAAGAUUUCGUCCGUCAACAGCUCCGUGGCCAACUGGGUCAUGACCUGUGGUGGAUCGCAUUGGCUGUCUUCAUCAUCACGUCCAUCGAAACCGGUCAAUUCGAACGCGACCCGGUCGUCUUCUCCACCUUCAACAUCAUCUUCGAGGUCACCUCGGCCUACGGCUGCGUCGGCAUCUCGACCGGCGUGCCCUGGAACGCGUACUCGUUCUGCGGGGCCUGGCAUACGGCCAGCAAACUCGUCCUGUGCGCCGUCAUGCUGCGCGGCCGACAUCGCGGCCUUCCCGUCAGCAUCGACCGCGCCAUCCUCUUGCCGGACGAGAGUCUGGCUUGGGCUGAAGAGGAAGACGCCCAUAUGCGUCGAGCCAGCUUCCAUUCGGCGGCGAUGGCCACGUCAGCUGUGGCCAUGAAUAUGAAUCUCUCCGCGCCGCCGACCAGAGAUGGCCUGGUGAGACCACGCACCGCUAGUCUCGGUGUGCCUGGGCCUGGUAUCGAUCAUGCAUCUGAUCGUGAGCCUGAUCGCGAGCCUGAUGUCGGGGACAUGGUCUAA